AUGUCGAGCCGUGACAAGAGCCUCCUCGACAGGCUGAAUGCCCUCAAGGGAGGCUCAGGCUCCAGCCCCCACACCAACAACUCACCCAUCUCUCUCGACCGCUCAGCAAAUGCCCUCAAUGUCUCCAUCGGCAUCGAGCCUGCCAAGCCAGCAUCGAGGGAAGAUGCCCUCGCCGCCCGCCUGCGUUCCCUGAGGAACACACCGGAGCGUGACACACCGCCCGCCACCGCCGCCUCCUCGCAGGCCGCGCCGCCGACGCCGACGCCGAAACAAGCUUCUGCCUCAUCGCCGCUGCAGCAGGAACAGGAGCAGGAGCAGCCCCACGAUGUCGAUCCACUCCUGCAGACCGACGAUCAGACCCUCGAGGAACUCCUCCAAGAUGAGGAUCCCGAGGCUGACCCCAGGUGGUCCCUUGAUCUGCAGCCCGAGACGGCACGCGUCGAGGCUCUUCUUCAGGAGCUCUCCAAGGACAUCCACCUGCAAGACGACAAGUCGGCUGGUGGAAAAGAUGCCUCCGAGGCUGAAAACCGGGAUGCGGACGAUGACACGGACGGCGAAGAGAUGAAUCGUGACGUCGACGCGCUGCUAGCUCAGGCUCUCGACGAGGCCGAACUCGAUGCGAAGCUCAACCCAAAGUCAUACGGCUUACGAGACGGGCCGACGGAGAACCCGCCACGUGAGACGGCAGACGGGCCUCAGAAAGGGAAUGCCGGACGCCAGACGCCCGAGGCCGCUGCCUCCCCCCUUUCCCUGCCCUCUGUUCCGUCCGCCAUAACCCCCCACCAGGACGUCGACGACGGCGACGACGGCGAACCGUCCCUGUCUCUGCCUUCGGUCCCCUCUGGCCCCGCCACCUCCUCGCGUCCUUCAGAUGACGACUCUCUGACAGCCCGCAUGGCCGCCCUCCGCCUGCCCUCGUCAGACCAAGACGCCGAGGCCGCCGCCGCCGACGACAUUGGACUCCCCUCCGUGCCCAGCGACCAGCCGGCGAACCGCCUGCGCUCGCGCACGGGCUACACCGACGACGACGCCAAGAAUUGGUGCACCGUCUGCCUCGAGGAUGCGACGCUGCGGUGUCUCGGCUGCGACGACGACGGCUACUGCACGCGGUGCUGGCGCGAGAUGCACGUCGGGCCCGCCGCUGCCUUUGACGACCGCACGCACAAGGCCGUGCUGCUGGGGCGGGAUCCGCGGCCCAAAAGGGUGGCACUGGGGGCGUGA